AAAUCGUAGGUUUUCAUCCUCUAACGUUUCACUCUUUGGAAGUUACUCAAGGGGUCAUUGUCUUAGGUAAAUGGUAAUUUGACUUUUCGUCUCGGAUUUGAACGUAUUUUAGGGCAAUGAGCCUAACUAUUCAUGAGUCUCAAUAUGUCAUGUCGUUAGCAGACUAUAGUAUUGGCGAGUACAUUCUUGUCGGGAACAAAUCCUCUUUCCUGCUUACCUACGGAGGAGGCAACGUUGGCCUUCAAGGAGCUGUAGCUUCAACAGUCUAUAAUAAUGGUGGUAGAGUCAGAGGUUUCAUACCAGGGUAUAUAGCAACACGACAGGUUUACGGACCUACGUACGGUGUAGAGUACACCGUCUCCAGCAAUUACUAUAAGUAUUUCGAGAUGAAUCAUAUUGUGGAAGCCUUCAUUGUACUUCCUGGAGGGAUUGACACUAUGGAAGGUUUAUUCACUUUGAUCUCAUGGGCAUCCGAAGGGUUACAUAGUAAACCCAUUGGUCUUUUGAACAUUAACGGUUAUUUCAAUAACCUAAUCAAGUUUCUAGAUGAUGCGGUGAGGCAAACCUUCAUGGCCUCGAAUCAGAGGAAGCUGUUCAUUUCUUCUUUCUUUGUUGAUGAGCUUUUGGACAAGCUAGAGUUUACUAAGGCUUUCCCAGGUCCUGGUGCUAGUUAUGAAGAGUUUGCAAAUCCUGGAAGAGAUGUCGUGGAGGAUGCGGAUGCAGGACUUUCAAAAUACUGACUCAAUGAUCCGAAAAUCGUUUUGCUCUAAUACCAAAAUGUAACACCCCAAUGCGUAUAACCCGGAAUUACACGAAUUAAGGUGAAACGAGAGUUAAAUAAAAAUUUCACUUGACAUUUGAAUAUGACAAUUACUUAAAAAUAUUAAAUUUACAGACUCUGGAUCGCGACCCAUUUAAAAAUAUUUUCAGAGUAAUGCGGAAGUACAAUAAUAAUCAAAUCAUGACACAUUUUAAAAUCUGUUGACCAAACAUU